GUAAAAUUUGUCCCGAGCGGAGGAGGAGGCACAUCGCACACCACCCAUCUCAACCACCACCACCGCCCACGACACCACCCCCCUGACUCUUGUUGGGCUCGGAACGCUGCUGCUGCUGCUGCUGUUGUCGUCGCUGCUGCUGUAGCUGUUUCUUGUUGGUGAGCAAGCGAACGAGCGAGCGUUCUUGGGCUACGUUGCCUUCUUGACACGCUGCUGAUACACAAACAUGUCCAAGCCAGCCAGCGAUGCUCCGCGUCUCAAUACGGGGAAGCGUGGCAAGCGCUCGCGUGGCUUCCUGAAGCUCUGCGUGUACUUUGACACAGCAUCCAGCUUCCUCGUGGCCGACGUCAAGGAGGCAAGAGCACUGCCAAAGCCUGCCCUGGCCUACGUCAAGUGCUACAUCAUGCCGGAGAAGAAGGUCACAAAGCAGAAGACUAUCGUCGUCAAAGAGAAAACCACCAGCCCAGAGUUUGAGGAAGUGCUGCGCUGGCCCAUCAACGAUCCAAGAGAAUACCGCGAGCGGCUGCUGGAAGUUGACGUGUGGGACAAAGCUGCAAGGUCGGGCUUCAUUGGCCGAUUCUCCAUCAAGAUUGCGGACGUGCUGCCGCCGACCGACAAGCUCGAAGGGUGGUUUGAGCUGCUUGACUCGGACAAAGGGUCGUCGCAGUACCACCUGGUUGAGCCAGACACAUCCCGCGACGACCUCGUCACCGCCCUCUACGACAACAUCCCCCGCGGGCCUGGGGAGCUGUUUAUGCGCAAGGGCGACAUGCUGUACCAGCACGAGACAGAGGGCGCGUGGUGCCGCGUGGAGAACGCCAUCACAGGCGACGAAGGUUACGUCCCGGCCUCAUUUGUUGUCAAGGCAAACAGCCUUGAGUCGGAGCCGUGGUUCUUUGGGCCCAUCACCCGCGCAAAGGCCGAGAAACUGCUCGGGUCGCCGCUGCGCAAACACGGCACCUACCUUAUCCGCGAGAGCGAGAGUGCGCCGGGCACAUAUUCGCUGUCGAUGAAGGACGGCGAUGCUGUGCGCCAUUUCCGCAUCAAAGUCGUUGAUGGCAAGAAACUCCGGAUCCAGGGGUCGCCGUCGGCGCCGCACGAUGACCUGCGGUCGCUGGUGAAGUUCCACCAGAAGUCGCGCUGUGGGCUCUCCACGCGCCUCAAGACACCCUGCCCACGCGAACAGCCCGCACGUGCUGCUGAUCUUGCGUACAACGUGAAGGACGAGUGGGAGGUUGACCGGGACACGGUUGACCUGAAGAAGCAGCUGGGCGAGGGCCAGUACGGCGAGGUGUAUUAUGCAAUCUGGAAUGGCGUGACAGAGUGCGCCGUCAAGACACUCAAGACACACACGACCUCCCCCGACGAAUUCCUCAAAGAGGCCCAGCUCAUGAAGAAACUGAAGCACGACAACCUUGUGCGGCUGUAUGCGGUGUGCUCGAUUGGCGAGCCCAUCUUCAUCAUCACCGAAUUUAUGAAGAACGGCGCCCUGCUCGAGUACCUCAAGACGCCCGCGGGCGAAGCCCUCCGCCUCCCCACCCUUAUCGACAUGGGCACAGAUAUCGCUCAGGGCAUGGCGUACCUGGAGCGCAACAACUACAUCCACCGCGAUCUUGCAGCCCGCAACAUUCUCGUCGGUGACAACAACGUGUGCAAGGUUGCCGACUUUGGCCUUGCGCGUGUGCUUGAGGAUGGCGAGUUCCGCCCCGAGAAUCUGGAGAAAUUCCCUGUGCGCUGGACUGCACCAGAGGCAAUGAAGCACAACAGGUACUCGACCAAGUCUGAUGUGUGGAGUUUUGGCAUUUUGCUGAGCGAGAUUAUCACAUACGGCCGCAAGCCGUACCACGGCAUGUCGAACAAGGAGGUGGUUGGCAAGCUCGACUCUGGGUUCCGCAUGGAGUGCCCGCCGGGCUGCCCAGACUCGCUCUACAAGAUCAUGCUCGACUGCUGGAAGUCGGAGCCUGCCGACCGCCCGACGUUUGAGGCGCUGGUGUUCCGGCUGGAGGACUUCUUCCACGGCGACAUGCAGUACGCAGAGGCGUCGCAGGUGCUCGGGGAUGACGACGACGACGACGACAGUGGCGACAAGAAGUGACACCGUCCCCGUCCGCAUACCGCUUGUGAUGUUGCGGUUGAAGUGCUGCUGAAGUGUUGUUGUCGUUGUUGUUGUUGUUGUUGUGGUUGUUGUUGGCGUGGGCGUGUGCAGGCGUUGCUCUCGGCCGCCUCAACUGUGUCUGUUUCGCGUUGGUCUUGCUCUCUUGCCCCCUACCCCCACUCCUCCUUGAUCCCCUUGCUCCCCUUGCUCCCCUUUCGCUUCCUUCGUGUUCCCUCCUUUCAUCUUCUCUCACUCGAACCUCUCUAGCUUUGGGAUGUGUUUGGUGCACUUUGGCUCUUCCAGUCUCGCUCCUUACUCCUUCUUGCGUGUGUGUGUGUGUGUGUGUGUGUGUGCGUGUGUGUGUGUGUGUGUG